AUGGCCGAGCACCCUUCAUUCACUCUCGCAGGUCUCCUGGCCGCUGGCGGUACAGCUGGCUACAUCCGAACUCGCUCAACGCCUUCUCUCGUCGCUGGCGUCGGUCUCGGUGUCUCAUACGCCUACGCUGGUACGUUCUCCCCUCACCCCACCUCAUCUCACGACUCACAAGACGCAGGCUAUCUCCUCAAGAACAACAAGGACUACGGAUCUGAGCUUGCUCUCGCCAACAGUGUCCUCCUUACCGGCUCUGCUGUACCUAGAAUCAUCAAGACUGGUGGUCGAGCUCCUGUGCCGCUUCUUCUUGGUGCCGUGGGUGGACUUGCGACGUAUUACUAUCAAAAGAAGUUCCGCGAGUUUCGCUACGGUGUAUAG